CGGCGGCGGCGGCGCAGCGCAGCGCGGCCGCUCGGGUGCAGGCAACAGCUGCAGCAGCCCGCGCCGCCCCCUCGGCCGCGUCUUCCGGGGCGAGCCCGAUCACUGCCGAGCUCGGGUGGCGCGGUGGCUCGGUGGACGCUGCAAAGUUCCCCGCGCUAGCGCCGAGAUGCCGGGCAGCGACACUGCGCUCACGGUGGACCGGACCUACUCCGACCCGGGCCGGCACCACCGCUGCAAGAACCGGGUGGAACGCCAUGACAUGAAUACCCUCAGCCUGCCCCUUCACAUACGCCGAGGCGGUUCUGACACCAACCUCAACUUUGACGUCCCAGAUGGCAUCCUGGAUUUCCACAAGGUCCGGCUCAAUGCCGAUAGCCUGAAGCAGAAAAUCCUGAAGGUCACCGAGCAGAUCAAAAUUGAGCAGACCUCCCGGGAUGGGAACGUGGCUGAGUAUCUGAAGCUGGUCAACAGUGCAGACAAGCAACAAGCCAGUCGGAUCAAGCAGGUCUUUGAGAAGAAGAAUCAGAAAUCGGCACACUCUAUUGCUCAGCUGCAGAAAAAGUUGGAACAGUACCAUCGGAAGCUCCGGGAGAUUGAACAGAACGGAGCCUCCAGGAGUGCCAAGGACCUCCAGCACUCUCUGAAGGAUGCCCAUGCCAAAUCUCGAACUGCGCCCCAUGGCAUGGAGAGCAGUAAGUCGGGCAUGCCUGGGGUGUCCCUCACGCCCCCCGUUUUUGUCUUCAACAAGUCCAGAGAGUUUGCCAACCUAAUCCGCAAUAAGUUUGGCAGCGCUGACAACAUCGCUCACCUCAAAAAUUCCCUCGAGGAAUUCCGGCCAGAGACAAGUGCCCGGGCAUACGGGGGCAGUGCCACCAUUGUAACCAAACCCAAAUACGGCAGUGAUGAUGAGUGUUCGAGUGGCACGUCGGGCUCUGCAGACAGCAAUGGGAACCAGUCGUUUGGGGCCAGUGGGGCAGGGACGCUGGACAGCCAGGGGAAGCUCAGCAUGAUUCUGGAGGAACUACGGGAGAUCAAGGAGACCCAAACCCAGCUGGCCGAGGACAUCGAAGCGCUGAAAGUGCAAUUUAAGAGAGAAUACGGGUUUAUCUCACAGACCCUGCAAGAGGAGAGAUACAGGUACGAGCGCCUGGAAGACCAGCUGCAUGACCUGACAGACCUGCAUCAGCACGAGAUGGCCAACCUGAAGCAGGAGCUGGCCAGCAUCGAGGAGAAGGUGGCCUACCAGGCCUACGAGCGGUCGCGGGACAUCCAGGAGGCCCUGGAAACCUGCCAGACUCGCAUUUCUAAGCUGGAGCUGCACCAGCAAGAGCAGCAAGUUCUGCAGACAGACACAGUGAAUGCCAAAGUUCUCCUGGGGAAGUGCAUAAAUGUCAUCCUGGCCUUCAUGGCCGUGCUCUUGGUGUGUGUGUCCACCAUCGCCAAGUUCGUCUCGCCCAUGAUGAAGAGCCGCUUCCACAUUCUUGGCACCUUCUUUGCUGUGACUCUUCUAGCCAUCUUUUGUAAAAACUGGGACCACAUUCUGUGCGCCAUAGAACGAAUAAUCAUACCAAGAUGAAGCCCCCUUCGGUCCCCAUUGUCAAGUCUCCUCAUGUUUUUAUUUUAACGACCAACUGUGCAUACCACCAAAUUUUUCCAGCGAACGGUUUGUGCCAACAGAAGCCCACAGGAAGGACUGGGACUGCAAGUUGUAAAUAACUCGUGCAUUUCUUUAUCCAGUAGCAGCUGCCAGCCCAGCCCCUGUACUUGAUUAAUGUGAAUCUGUUUCAGCGGUCCCCACCACCACACCACGUUGCUCACUGCCUUAAUUAGACCAGAUUUCUUGCCCCCCUGACACACCCAUUAUGGCAAACCUCUGGUUAUUGAGCACUUUGCAUAAUGAGUGACCCAGGAGAGAGGACAUUUUAAACUCUCUCUCUAAGUCUCUCUCCACCUUGACCACCACUGUUGUCAGCAGUAGCAUUUUCCCUAAGCCCCAGAAGCUGACAGGAAGUGACGUGACUCAGAUACAGGUUGACCACAUGGAACACUGGUGGCCCGUGGAAAGGGACAGGACACCCCGUAUAACGCAUCCCACUCAUCCACAGAUGGCCAAGGGGCCAGUGCCCACAGUGUCCGCCUGGGUCUGACUCUAACCUGUGAAACUCUUCUAACACCUUUUGAUCUGUCAGAAGUCUAAGGAGGUGUUCUGUUGCACUUUAAAGACUAUGACAUGGGACUGAUGACAUGGCAAGGGGCUGCCUUCUGCGCCAGGAGCUACAUCCUAAACCAGUGUGAAAGGCCCCCACCUCCUUCAAAGCUUGCAGACCAGCUGCCCGACCAAAGUGUGGCUUGAACAUUAACCUGGGCUCCGGUCAGCAGCCCUCAGACGGUGUGUUUUUCAGCAGCUCUUAUUUGUGCCCAUCUCUUGAGGAUGAGGGUCCCUUUCUUCCCAGACCUGCCAGGGCUGCUCAGUGCCCUCAGCAAAUGGAAACCAGUGAUACUCAGGGUGGGCUUGGUUUUCCUUAAGUAGGAGUAGCAGAUUCCAAACUCAGAGCUGAUGUGCCCUUGUUGGGUAGCCUAAGAUGGGAGGAAGGUAGGACCCAGAAGGACCUGAAAGAAUUCAGAUGAACUUGAUCCAGUGUCUAAGCCAAUAUGGCAUCUGGCUCCUCAGAUCUCACCAAACCUGGGCUCAGGGUAAUCAGCUGCUCUUUUCACACUGGGGGGAAGCAGAUGUCUUCCAGAUGUUAACUUCUGAAGUUAACAUCUGUAAUAUAUUUGGGGGGUGCUCUUCACUAUCUUCAGUCCAGAUGAGAUGUCUUUUGAGUCCAUGUCUCUGUGUCCCUAAAAAAAGAAAGCCAUGGGAGAUGUGACUUGGGGCUGUUCAGCCUCUCAUCCCACCACCGCCUUGCUUUGUCUGAAGGUGGGGAGUCACAAGCUACGGUUCAUUUUCUUCCAGAAAAUGUCAGAACCACCUGGGUUUAAAUUAAAUGGCCACAGUUGACCUCCCACUGCUCUUAGGAGAUCUCCCAAACACACAUGCUGGUGGCCGUGGUUGGAGGGAACAGAACAGUUGAGCACUUGGUACAUGUUCUGUGUGACUAUGACCCGCCCCCUGUGACUCAAGAAAAGUCCUCUUCUAGUGAUUAUUUAUUUCCCCUCUAGUUGUUUUAAACAGCUCAAAAACAUAUUCAGUUAUCAUCACUAAUUUCUGGACUGAAGCUUUAUUAAUACAGCAAACAUCUUUUCAAAAUAUCUUUGGCUAUAGAGUAUUCUGGAUUCAAGAAAGAGUCCCACUCUCGCCCUUGGCUGUAUCCCUUUCUGCCAGGCUCACCCAUGGCCUUCAAGGGGGGCCAUAUGAACACUGUGAUCCAUCCAGUCCAGGGCAGAGGGGAGGUCCAGGGGAGGAGGGAGGCUGCUGUGUCUCCUGUGGUUUCAAGGGCUGAUGGCCAACCUUCCCCUUUUUCCCGUGGACAUUAUCUCAUGGACUAAGGGCUAGGUGUCACUUACACCCUUCAAGUGAGGUCCUAGUAUAAUUGCUGUGAAUCCUACUCGGGCACUUUGUCCAAGCCAAGGGUGGAUAUGGAUACUGCCGUUAGUUGAGAGAGGCUGCAUGGGAUGACCAGCCCCCAAGGGCUCUGAGACUAUCCAAGCUGACUGGGCCUUCCUCUUCCUGCCACCAAUUAUCUUCUCCUUUGCUCAGCCUAGAAGGUUCUCAAUGACACUUCCCAGAUCACUGAUCAGAGAGACAAGUAGAAAGGCAGAUGAAAAGGGUUCCCUUCUAUCCCUCCUCCUAGUCCCUUCCAGUCUGGACCUGUCAGCAGAUGCUGCUCAAAACUGACUGUAUUGCAAGAUAUCCUAGAGUCCAAAUUAUUCAACCUGAUUGUGAGUGCUUUUAAAAGAUGUCCUCUUCCCAUGAUUCUCAUUAGAUGUCAGCCUUGUCUUCCCUUGGCAAUGCUCAGCAAACACAUUGUAUUUUAUUUCAGUCUUAAAGUUGAUGACGCUUUUUAAUAAGAUGAUAUAUUCCAAGGACUCUUCUACUCUCAGCAGUUUAGUCUCUCCUAAAGCAUAAACCUUCCCUCUGCUUGUUUCCUUCACACCGUAAGAUUUCUAUACGGUUUUAUUAAUAUGCAAUUACAGAUAGUGAUGUCACUGUGACAUAGCCUAAAAUCAGAUGUUCAAGUUACAUUUAUGUCCACUAACCAUUCUCUACCUUUUUAGGUUAGUUGAGCCUCCUGUUCACUCCUAAAGGUUCAGACCUAAACAGCUGUCAGAUACUGGUUAUCAAUAGCCACCAGCCCCUGCUCACUGAACAUUACUCAGUACUUUAAGAAGCUAGACAUAGGAUUCUAACCCUGGGUUUCUUUUAAUUUUUCCCCCACAUAUUUUCAUUAGCCUCAGGAUCAUGAUGGCUUGUUGAGGACAAAAACAAAAAUCUGCUAGGGAACUUGAAUUGGUUAUUCAUGUUAUAUUUUGAGUGUGAUUAAUUCAGAAUAGAAUAGCUUUCUUUUCCCAAAGAAACUAUUGAAAGCCACACUGAUGCAGUGAAUGAAAGUACACCAUUGUUAGACAGUGAUCGAGUUUCUAGCAUGUACUACUAGUGGGUUUGCUUGUGUGAAUGCUAUGAUCUUUGGAUGGACUGAAAUCUGAGACUCCUCCCUUGUCCUUUCAACCCAGAAUGUUAUUCUCCCUCCCUGUCAAUUAGCAUCUGCGGAAUUUUAGUCCUUCUACUUUGUCACCCUUGUUUUCAUUUCAGUGUUGCCCCAUUAUGUAUAUUUAUUGCUCUGCCAUUUCUGUAGCAUAUCAGAUUUAAUUACAGUUUCAAUACUUGUGAUGGGAACUCGGUCCCCCUGGGCAACUAAUUACUUUUGCCCUUUUGUUUUGGAGCUUAAAUAUCAAAUGAUUUUUUCACUGAGAGGGAAAAAAUUUCUAUUGAAUACAGAUACAUAGAAGUCUUGAUUUGAAAAACAUUUCAAUACACUUAUUAAUAUGAACAUGGAUGAUUAAAGCAAUUUAUUUUGUGUAACUGUAAUUUUGAGGAGUGAACCAGGAAAAGGAAGAAAUAGCAUUAUUUUAAAUUCAGGACUUUAUCUGGAGAGAGGUUCUUCAAAGAAGUUUAGUACGAGGAAGAAAUUGGUGUAAAAAGAAGUCACUGAAACAAAUGAGUUUGGCCUAUUUACAUUGAAAGUAGUUAAGAUGCCAAAAAAAGAAAGAGUACAAUUAAGAGUUUAACACACAAAAGACAAAACUGAACUAACCCGUUAUUUUCUAUGCUCAAUGCAAUUCUCUGUUCAUAAGUUGGGAGGUAAUGCACCUUGAUUGUUUUAGAAAUGAUUUAUGUGUUGCAAUUUUUAUUUAUUUAAAGCAUGUCUACUCUGUUUGUCCUAAGAGAACUGUUCCAGAAAAAAAAAUGUGCUCUGUGUUUAAGAUAUGUUUAGGCAGUAGUUAGUGGUCCUGAAAGUAGAAACUAGAAAUGUUUACUCUGAAGUCUGUUGCAAAAUUUCCAUUUUGUAGUUUCAUGUUCUCCUAAAGUGAAUUCUCUGUAGAUUUUCACCUCAUUCAAGGCAGGUGCCAUUAUUUUUUUAAAUAAACAUUUGAUGUUAGCUUUGAUGUUAAAUAAAGAGAUUUCUUAAAUUUU